AUGACAGAAGAGCUAAGUACAGCGCCCGUGCUGUCAACACCCGACACCCAUAUUAUAGAUGAAGACUUGCCUAUCCUCUCCCGCCACCCGCCCGACGAUUUAUCCGAUGAACAAAUAUAUCAUCGCUAUGAAAUUUCUCGGACUAUUGGGGAGAUCAAACAGCAUAGAUGGAGACGCGUCGCUCUGCAGUUCCCUGAUCAGAUGCUACCACACUCCGCUCGGGUCUAUCAAUUCCUAGCGCGAGGCCUGGGACCAAAUCAAUUACCCAAGAGCUCAACUGCUCAAAACGGAACAUUUGCUCCCGAAAUUGAUCCAUCUGAACAGUCUGACAGCGGUCCCAUUCCAGUAAAACUCACGAUACUGGGCGAUACUUCUUACGGCUCCUGUUGUGUGGAUGAAAUCGCUGCUGAGCACGUGAAUGCCGACGCCGUUGUGCACUACGGGCGAGCAUGCCUGUCGCCUACGGCAAGGCUGCCAGUAUUGCACAUCUUCACGAAGAUGGACCUGGACUACGACUCUGCGAUAAAGACAUUUCGCGAACUUUUCCCUGAGAUGAAUACUAAAGUGAUCUUGACCGCUGACGUUUCUUAUGCGCUCCAUGUCCAGCCAUUAUCCCGCUUGCUUCAACGUGCGGGAUAUACUGACAUUUUCGCGGCCUCCAUCAUUCAUGAUCCAUCUUCUUCGAUUCCAAACCGCACGGCUCCUGACUCACUGAAAUCAGAUCCUGCAACCGUGUCAGCGUGGAACUUAUUCCACAUAUCCGACCCACCAACUUCUCUUCUAUUGACCCUUAUAUCUCGCAUGCGCAGCAUCAAGAUUUUCCCCACUAGUUCUAGUUUUUCAUCAACAUCACCAGCAACAAAAUUUGAAACACCCACGCAAAUGCUUCUGCGACGCCGUUAUGCGCUGGUAACGUCUCUAACAACAGUCUCCACCUGGGGAAUCCUCAUCAAUACACUCUCUGUCAAAAACUAUUUGUCAAUACUUUCUCAUAUCCAACGGCUCAUUGCUGACGCAGGCAAGAAAUCUUAUCUUUUCGUCGUGGGCAAGCUCAACGCGGCGAAGAUUGCCAACUUUUCGGAAAUAGGAGGUUGGGUGGUCAUCGGAUGCUGGGAGAGUAGCCUGAUCGAUUCUAAAGAAUUUUUCAGGCCGAUCAUCACCCCGUUCGAACUGGAAUUGGUGCUGCAAAGGGAUGACGAGAGGGUUUGGACAGGACAGUGGAGAGGCGAUUUUGCAGGGGUCCUCGAGGCGGCCGCUAAAAGGAAAGUGGGCAAUGAUGAGAGUCAACAUCCAUCAAACAGGAAUGGCGGCGCUGAAAUUGUAAAAGAAAGAGAUGGGGAUCUAUCAGACCAUGAUGCUUCCGAAGAGUCGGAAUCAGAGCCUCCCGAGUUUGAUCUCAGAACGGGUCGCUACAUAUCAAGAACGAGACCGAUGCAUACAAUGCGAUCCAGUGAGGGGCAAGUCGGAGCGGCUGCGCCGCAAUCCACAGCACUUGCGAAGCGGAGCAAAGGUGAUAUGAUCACCGUCAAUGGCGUUUCUUCGCCAGCAGCAGAUUAUUUGUCCCAGCAAAGGACAUGGAGGGGCCUAGGGAGCGACUUCGAGGUAAAGUAUGAAGAUGAGGAGACUGGAAGUACCAUCGAAGAAGGGCGGACAGGCGUUGCACGAGGAUACGCUGUGGGAGAAUCUUCAGCAACGUGA